AUGGCAACCAGAACUCAGUUCGAAAAUUCCAACGAAAUCGGGGUUUUUUGCAAGCUCACGAACGCCUACUGCAUUGUCCCAAUUGGAGGUAACGAGAACUUUUACAGUGUCUUCGAAAGCGAGCUUGGAGGCCACAUCCCAGUCAUUCACUCCUCAAUUGCUGGAACUCGCAUUGUAGGAAGGGUCACUUGUGGAAACUCAAACGGGCUAUUGGUCCCAAGCAUCACAACUGAUUUGGAGCUGCAGACAAUCAGAAAUUCGCUCCCAGAUAAGGUCAAGGUGGAAAGAAUUGAUGAGCGUCUGUCAGCCUUGGGAAAUUGUAUUGCUUGCAAUGACUAUGUCGCUAUAAUUCACCCAGAUUUGGACAAAGAAACGGAAGAUAUCGUAGCUGACACACUCGGAGUUGAGGUGUUCAGGACCAUGGUGGCAGGGAAUGUGCUGGUAGGAAGCUAUUGCGUUUUAACUAAUCUUGGAGGACUGAUUCAUCCCAUGAUUGCAGUGGAAGAACUUGACGAGCUUAGUUCGCUGCUUCAAGUGCCACUUUGUGCAGGAACAGUUAACAGAGGAAGUGAUGUUCUGGCUGCAGGGCUGUGCGCAAAUGACUGGAGUGCGUUUUGUGGGCUAGAUACGACGUCAACGGAAAUAUCAGUCAUCGAAAACAUUUUUAGACUAAAUGAAGUGAAACAGCAUGUACCAGCCCAAACUGGAGUCAGGACUGAUUUGAUGGACAAUCUCCACAGAUAA